AUGGAUAAUUAAAUUGAAUAAAAGACUUUAUUCAAAUCUAAGUUUAACCACUCCACUCGCAACAUCUUUUAAUAGAACAAAAUUACCAAAAAGCAGAUUUUCAGGUAUUUAUUACAUUUAUAUAUCAAUCUAGAAGUUCAAGUCAUAAUUAUUCUCAUGAAAGAUUAGAAGUUCUUGAAACUAAUAAAGAUGAGGAUGAUGUAACUGAAUUAAUAUCUUAACCAAUAAAUUCUUGCUUUGAAAGAGUUCUAGAUCGAAAACAUAGUAUAAAAAGCAAUCUAGGAUCUAUUAAAGAGCUAUCUGCUUCUGAUCAAUAAGUUGAUCAUCCUCAAUAAUAAGAUUUAAACAAUGAAAAUGCAGAAUAAAAUACUCAUUAAAAUACUCAUUCAGCUAGUGGAGCACCUUAAAAUACACUAAGAAACAAAAGAAAGUUAAAGAGAUUACCAAGACUCACAGAAGAUAAAGAACCAUUAAAACCUAUUAAUGAAUUUCAACUUAUUAUUAUGCCUAAUAAUAAGUAUAAAUAAUGUUGGGAUAUGGCUUUGUUUUUAAUUCUUAUGUAUAUUGAUUUUAUCGAUAUAUAGUUAUGUAUCAAUAUUCACACCCUUUAAAAUUGGUUUCGUAUAAGAUGGAGAUUAUUUGAUUUGGGAUUACUUCGACAAUACAAUAGAUUUCAUUUUUAUGACAGACAUCUUAAUUACUUUCCUAUGUGCAACAUAUGAUGAUGAAGGCAAUUUAAUCACUGAAAGAAAAGCAAUCAUUCUUAACUACAUAAAAGGAUGGUUCUUUAUUGACUUAAUGGUAAUGCGUCACUUAACAUACAGUCAUCAAUUCCGUUUUACUUGAUUUUGAAUGAUACCUCUUAGAGAUACAACAGUAUAGCACGUAUGUCCAAAGUUCCCAAAAUCUAUAGAAUAGCCAAAAUGAUUAAAUUGGCAAGGAUGCUCAGAUUAAAAGAAAUAUAAUAUGUUAAAGUAAUCAAUAUCAACAUUGGCAAUGAAAGAUUCAUUCUAGCAUUUCUUUUACUUAUAUUUUCAUGUCAUGUUGUAGGAUGCGUUUGGUUUUUUGUAGCAACCUUGUCUGAAGAAGAUGAUUGGAUUUACUUAGAAUCUCACACUUUUGAUUAGUAUAUUAUUUCUAUGUACUGGGCUGUAUAAACUGUUUUAACAGUUGGCUAUGGAGAUAUUAAAUUCUACUCUUGGUCUACUAGAAUUUUGGCAAUCAUUUGGAUGUUAUCUUCAGUUUAUGUUUUUUCCUUUGCUGUUGGAUCUUUAGCAUCCUUUUUAGAUAGACAAGAUUAAAAUAAUUAAAUCUAUCUCAAUCGAUUAGCCACACUUAAAAAUAUUAAAUAAGAAUUUAAAAUUUCUAAAAAAAUGUUUUUAAAAGUUAAAAGAGAACUCAAAUACGGCAAAAGAGAUUUCUCAUAAUAAUACCACAUCUUAUUAGAAGAAUUAACACCUAUUUUAAAAAUUGAAUUAAGUUACAUUAUGAAUAAACAUCUCAAAUAAGAAAUUGGAUAUUUUUAAGAUAAAUCUUAAUAGUUUAUUUCAGCUAUUGGACCUUUGCUUAAACCAAUCAAAUUAGAAGCAAAUGAAUUUGUUUAUUGCACAGGAGAUCUUGCAGAAGAAAUUUAUUUUGUUAAGAGUGGUAAAUUAGCUAUUGUCAUUCCGGAUUAAUAGAAUUUUAAAUUCAUGAUGAUUAAACCUGGCUCUUAUUUUGGAGAGAUAGAUAUCUUAUUUUAUGGUGAAAAAAGAAAGUAUACAAUUAUGACAACUAAGCCAACUGAAUUCUAUGUUUUAUCUAGAAAAGACUUUAAAUCUAUUUAUUUACAUUAAUUUAGAGAUGAAGGUUAAAUCUUAGUGAAUGAAGCCUUGUAAAGGAAGAUUAUGAUAAAAAGUGCAUAUGAUGAUGCACUGACCUUUUUAGGAGAAGAUAAUUAAUGUAAUUCUCGCAUGAUAUCACAAAAAGUAAGUAAAUUUAAAGUUCUUGACAAUCCAACCAGUCCAUAAGUUGAUCCAAAGCUUGUGAUUUAAUAAAAAACUGAGGAUGAUAAUAUUAAUGAUGAUGGUUUGAUUCAUUUUGACAAGAUUUAGUUUAAAAAAAAAAUCAGUUAACUUGAAAAAUAAAUUAAAAUCAAGGAUCAAAUAAUUGCAAAUAUACAAUAAGAAUUAGAUGAACUAAUGAAUUAAAUCUAACAUUAAAUGAGUGAUGAUAUAGUAGGCAGAUUUAAAAUUACCAAAAGUAUGGAGGAAAUGAUGUAACUUAGAAGAUAAUUAAAAGCAACUAAAAAAAUGGAAGAUAAAAUCAAAUCAUAAAGAUAGAUACAUCAUUCUGUACAUUAAAACUAAUUAAAUCAAAUAGAUUGUCGUAAAUAUUCAAGCUCUGUUGAAGAAGCAAAGCUAUAAAAUAGUCUUUGGGACGAACAAUGA